AUGUUUAGACUAGGUGUACGGCGAUUUGCGACUUCAGCCGUUAGAGCUGCUGAGACGGUUUCGCAGAAGGAAGCUGCCAGUGUCUAUGGAUUUAAUGUUUCUUACGCGCAAGGUGUUGUAAAAGGACUUACUGGAGCAAUUGGCAAUACCCCAUUGAUACGUUUGAAUCAUAUUUCCGAUGCCACUGGUUGCGAGGUACUUGGGAAAGCAGAGUUUAUGAACCCAGGAGGGUCAAUUAAGGAUCGAGCAGCACUCUAUGUUGUGAAAGAUGCCGAGGAGAAGGGAUUAUUGAAACCAGGUGGGACGGUUGUCGAAGGCACUGCUGGAAAUACUGGAAUUGGUCUGGCACAUGUUUGCAGGUCUAAAGGAUAUCAAUUGGUCAUCUACAUGCCCAAUACACAGUCGCAGGGGAAGGUUGAUCUGUUAAGGCUUCUGGGCGCGGAGGUCUACCCAGUCCCAGCUGUCGCAUUCGACAAUCCAGAGAACUACAACCAUCAGGCUAAGCGACAUGCGGACAGACUAGAUAAUGCUGUAUGGACGAAUCAAUUCGACAACGUCGCGAAUCGAAAAGCCCAUAUUGAGACGACAGGUCCCGAGAUUUGGGCUCAGACAAAGGGAAAAGUUGACGCAUUCACAUGCGCGACUGGGACUGGUGGAACCCUCGCCGGAACAACGAGAUACCUUAAGACUGUCUCCGAUGGGAAGGUCAAAUGCUUCCUUGCCGACCCUCCUGGCAGUGUUCUACACUCAUAUAUUGAGUCCGGUGGAAAGCUCAUUGAACGUUCGGGAUCGAGCAUUACGGAGGGAAUUGGUCAAGGACGAAUCACCGAUAACCUUAAACCUGAUUUAGACUUGUUGGAUGGAUCAUUACACAUUAGUGACGAGAAGAGUAUUGAGAUGGUGUAUCGAUGCCUAGAUGAGGAAGGUCUCUAUCUUGGGGCGAGUUCGUGCUUGAACGUGGCCGCUGCUAAAGAGGUUGCGGAACGACUUGGAAAGGGCCAUACCGUCGUUACAAUGCUAUGCGAUGGUGCUUAUAGAUAUGCGGAUCGACUGUUCUCGAAGAAAUGGUUGAUGGAGAAGAAACUCAUAGGUGCUAUACCUUCGCAUCUACAGAAAUACAUAGUGCUUCCUUAA